CGCGGAGCCGAGCGCAGAGAGCGCAGCGCCGGAGCCGAGCCGCGAGGAGCGCACGCCGCGGCCCAGAUGGAGCGGUUCAAAGCCCUGGAGCAGCUGCUGACAGAGCUGGAUGACUUCCUCAGGAUUCUUGACCAGGAGAACCUGAGCAGCACAGCUGUGGUGAAGAAGAGUGGCCUGGCCGAGCUCCUCCGGCUUUACACCAAAAGCAGCAGUUCUGAUGAGGAGUACAUUUAUAUGAACAAAGUGACGGUCCACAAGCAACAGGAUGCUGAGUCCCAAGACAAAGCGCCCAAGGAGCAGAGCCCACUGACCGACGGCGAGCCCGGCCAGCACUCCUCGGCCCCUCAGAAGAGCCUUCCAGACCUCCCGCCACCCAAGAUCAUUCCAGAACGGAAACAGCUCUCCAUCCCAAAGAUCGAGUCUCCAGAGGGUUACUAUGAAGAGGCUGAACCAUAUGACACAUCCCUCAAUGAUCAUUCUGGCAGAUAUCCCCCCAGUGGAGUCCCCAGAUGGGUGCACGUGCCUGAUGGAGUAGUUUACGCCACGAUCACCUUGGAGGACGGAGAGGCCGUGAGCAGCUCGUACGAGUCCUACGACGAGGACGAAAGCAGCAAGGGCAAGUCGGCCCCCUACCAGUGGCCCUCGCCCGAGGCCAGCAUCGAGCUGAUGCGCGACGCCCGCAUCUGUGCUUUCCUGUGGCGCAAGAAGUGGCUGGGCCAGUGGGCCAAGCAGCUCUGCGUGAUCAAGGACACCAGGCUCCUGUGUUACAAGUCCUCCAAGGACCACAGUCCUCAGCUGGACGUGAACCUGCUGGGCAGCAGCGUGGUGCACAAGGAGAAGCUAGUGCGGAAGAAGGAGCACAAGCUGAAGAUCACACCGAUGAACGCCGACGUGAUCGUGUUGGGCCUGCAGAGCAGGGACCAAGCCGAGCAGUGGCUCAGGGUCAUCCAGGAAGUGAGUGGCCUGCCUUCUGAAGGAGCUUGUGAGGGAAGCCAGUACACCCCAGAUGCCCAGCGCCAGAGUUGUCCGAAACCAGAUAUAACUGAGAAGUACCUGUCAGCCUCGGAGUAUGGAAGCUCCAUAGAUGGCCACCCUGAGGUCCCAGAGACCAAAGAUGUCAAGAAGAAAUGUUCUGCUGGCCUCAAACUGAGCAACCUAAUGAACCUGGGCAGGAAGAAAUCUACCUCGCUGGAGCCUCCGGAAAGGUCCCUCGAGACAUCCAGUUACCUGAACGUGCUGGUGAACGGCCAGUGGAAGUCGCGCUGGUGCUCCGUCAGGGACAGUCACCUGUACUUCUACCAGGACCGGAACCGCAGCAAGGCGGCCCAGCAGCCCCUCAGCCUGGUGGGCUGUGAGGUGGUGCCGGACCCGAGCCCUGACCACCUCUACUCCUUCCGCAUCCUCCACGAUGGCGAGGGCCUGGCCAAGCUCGAGGCCAAGUCUUCCGAGGAAAUGGGCCACUGGCUAGGCCUCCUGCUCUCUGAGUCAGGCUCCAAGACAGACCCAGAAGAAUUCACUUACGACUAUGUGGAUGCCGAUAGGGUUUCCUGUAUCGUAAGCGCCGCCAAAACCUCUCUGCUACUGAUGCAGAGAAAGUUCUCAGAGCCAAACACUUACAUUGACGGCCUGCCCAGCCAGGAUCACCAGGAGCUGCUGUAUGAUGAUGUGGAGGUGUCGGAGCUGACGGCUGUGGGGGAGGCCCCUGAGGAAGCUGCUCCUGCGACAGAUGCUCCGAGUGAGCCUGACCCCGACCGCGUAUACCUGGACCUCACACCCGUCAAGUCCUUCCUGCACAGCACCAGCGGUGCACAGGCCCGGGCCCCCUCACCCACGCUGCCCCAGCCGGACCCUCCAGCCAAGGCCCUCCCUGAAGACCUGAACCCCACCCCCGAUGAGCCCCUCGUAAAGUCUCCAGAGAACCCUGAGUUGCAGCAGAUGCAGCAGGAGAGUCAGGAACCUGAGGAGGCUUCCCGGGGAAUCACGGCAGUCAGAAUCCAGACUGAACAGCAGAAGAUCUCCUUCCCACCGAGCUGCCCCGACACUGUGCCCGCCGCCCCAGCCGGGGCCAGCCCACCUGUGAAAGACAGGUCGAAGGCAACCAACGCAGAGAUCAAACUUGGCAAGAACAGGACAGAAGCCGAGGUGAAGCGGUACACAGAGGAGAAGGAGAGGCUUGAGAAGAAGAAGGAAGAAAUCCGGGGGCACCUGGCUCAGCUCCGGAGGGAGAAACGGGAGUUGAAGGAGACCCUGUUGAAGUGUACAGACAAGGGGGCGGCGGCCAGCCUGGAGGAGAAGCUGAAGGAGGUCGAGGAGGAGUGCCGGGUGGGGGAGCGCAGGCGCGUGGACCUGGAGCUCAGCAUCGUGGAGGUGAAGGACAGCCUGAAGAAGGCCGAGGCCGGGCCCGUGACGCUGGGCACGACUGUAGACACCACCCACCUGGAGAACGUGAGCCCCCGGCCCAAAGCCGCCACCCCAACUCCUGCCCCGGACUGCACCCCAGUCAACUCCGCCACUGCGCUCAAGAACCGGCCUCUGUCGGUCAUGGUCACGGGCAAAGGCACCGUCCUCCAGAAAGCCAAGGAAUGGGAGAAGAAAGGAGCAAGUUAGGAAACAAACUUCAUCUAGAGACUCUCCUGUCAAUAUGGACCUUGGUGACAAUCCUGCUUCGUUACAGUCUUCGUUAAAGCAGCAACUCUGUAAAAGGGUGAGUCUGUUUACAAGAAAAAGGAAGGACUGGGGUUCUAUGAAUGGAAAACUUCAGCUAAGAGGAGGCUCUGUCCCUUUGCAGAGCCAAAGGAAAUAAUAUGACAACAACAACAAAAAAGACAUUUUUGGAGACCUAAGUCUAUUGGUUGUAAACAUUACAUUGCUGUAUUUAGGGGUAUUCUGUGUUUCUUUCUGGAAGUUUUCAGCAAUUGCUUUAUCAAGCUUUUUAAGUGAAAAGAUUCUGAUGUGGAGACUUUGGUGGAAGAGAAAUUAAGGUAGCAGGGCCCUGUCCCACUGAUCACGUGGCUUUGGUGACUGAGAAGGUCUAAACUCCUGACUGUCAUCUCCUAUCUGAUUCUUAGCAGUGUCAGGGGUUAAACCGUCCUUGUCUUCAACUGUGUAAAACCAUCUAUGGUUUUUUUGAGAAAUGGUAACGGGGAAAAACAUUUGGGACCAAGCUGAGGCACUGUUCCCAGUAAAUUAAGGACUUUUUUUCAGGCUAAAGCAGGCCAGAACCAAUUGCUUUUAAAUAAAAUUUUAAGUGAUGCUGUUUUACAUAGAAAAAAAAUGUUUCAAGUCCUGUAACUUAGAACAGUGAAAAGUGUCUUCUGAGAUUUAACUGACGUUUUACAUUACCAUAGAAACAAGAUUACCCUGUGUUUACAGAUUCAGUCCUGUGGUGAGGCGAUUUUUAAGAGAAGAGUUAUUUAAUAUAAUGUUCUCUGUUUUUUUAAGUUGCGCUCCAUGUCCAGGCCCUUUCCAAGAAAAAAGGGGCGAAUUUUGUUUCUGGUGGUCUCUUCUCUUAAAAUUGGCAGUGCCGUUCUUUGUGUUGCCCGUUCUUCUCUUCUGAUGGUAUUGGUUAACACAGGUUGGAACAUUUCACCUAUCAUCUCUCAGCCUCAUUUCUGGGGGUUCUGAAUCAGAGUUCUUUAACACUGGUUCCUGAGAACUAAAGGUCUUUUGAGUCUUAUUGUCUUUCUAAUCCCAGGGCAUUUAUUUCCUUUGUCAUAAACACUUGGUGUCCCAAGUGGUGAGUUAGUUUUUGUUUUUUUUUAAUAAAAUGUUAAUUGCAUUUUGGAUUUUUCUGUAUUUCAUGGACCGACAUGGGGCAAGGCCUGGUAGACUUCUACUUCAAGGGGGGAAACAUCAUGGUUAUUUAGGCACUGAACUUCAAACUAUGUGCAGUAAAAACUGGUAGAACUACAAGGUGGGAUCUUAGCAGGAGACUUCAAGCCUCCUUAAAUCAAGUAGCAUAGGUAAGGCUGAAUGAAAGAAGAUUUUAAUAGUAAAAUUAACACAAGGGAAACAUCUUUAGAAGCUGAUCAUACAUAAGUGACUGAAAAUCAGUACUCCUAGAAAUUAAACACACUCCUAAGUAAUUCUUGGAGGGAAAAAAGGUACCAAUACUUGGAAAGUUGCCUUAGUAGUAGUAAUUAAGAAAGUUUAUAGCAUAAACAUGCUGGUUUUAAAAAUGACAAAACCAAAUUUCUGGCUCAUUGAAAAGGCAAAUAUAAUAAAAAGCCUAGGGCAGUAUUAAAUGGCAGAACUGAAAAGGAGGCCUUAAGUACAGAUACCGACAAGACUUUUUAAAUUACAAGAAAACACUAUGAUAAUAGCAGCUUGAAAGUUUGAGGACUAUAUAUUUUUCAUUUUAGAAAGUUAGAAUUUUGUAUCAGAGCUAUGCUAACACACAGUGCAAAAGAAAAACAAUCUCAUUUUUGAACACAGAUGAAAAAAAGCUUUAAAAUAUUGGCAAAUGAAAUUCAACAGUGCUUAAAGCAUCAGGUAUUGCGACCAGACAGCAUUCAUCCAAGAAAUCAAAGGUGGUUCAACAACUGAAAAUAUACUAAUGGGUAAUUUAUCAUAGUAACUGAUUAAAUGUGAAAAAACAUCUUCUGAAAGGAAGCAGAAAAGCAAACCACAAAUCUCAACACUCCUAAUAAACACUCUUUGUAAGCUAGGAAUAGAAGUAAACAUUCCUUAUCAAGUAAUCCACAGAAAAUAACAUAUAAUGAUGAAAAAGUCCCUUCAAGUCAAGAAUCAGAUGCAUGCUGUUACCACUACUUUUUAAAACAUUAUUCUGAACGUUCUAGACAAUGCAAGAUGACAAGAAAAAGCAGUAUAAGAUUUCAAAAGGAAGAGACAAACCUGUUAUUACUUGUAAAUGCUGUCUUUCUAAAAAAGCAAGAGAAUCAAAUAAUCAACUAUUAGAACUAGAGCAUUUAGCAAGUUGGCUGGAAUAAGGAUCAUUUGGAGAAAAUAAAAGAUUUAUGAUCUAUCUGCAGUGUUUAAGUUUUUCCAAGGAGAACAUAUUUAUAUAUUACAUGUGCAAUUAAAAGCCAAUUUAUUUUAAAAGAAAGAAAAAAGGGUUGGCUGGGAAAACAUCACUUAAGGCCAUCUUGUUAGGAAUUCCCUCUGCCACUACUGGGACCCCAAAAGGGUCGAACUCUUCACACCUUCACUAGAAAAGGUAAAGUUUCAAGGGCUGGGACCUAAAAAUAGAAACAGUAAAUAAAGCCUUUGAUAUGUAAGCCCAGGGACCACAGUUUUGUGGGUUUUUUUUAAGUCCAAUUCAAAUGGGACAUCAAAAUGUCAGCCCUGAACCAGACAAAAAGCCUACACUACGAAACGAUUAAACUGCUGUUAAUAUAAAGACAAGGGGUUCAUGUAAAUUCAGACAUCACCUAUCAGCACGUGCCAGGUGGACAUGUGACCCUGCUCUGAUGUCACCUUCUGCCAAGGCAAAAGCAAUAAUAGGAAUGAAAAUGUCCCUUGAACGCAAAUGACUGUCAUGCACAGUGCUCGGCACACAGGAAUUUUUAACGUCUAACAGAACCAUGGUGAUGACCUUUCAAGUACUUCUCUUGCACCAGAAAUCCUAAAGUUCUUAAAGCUAAGCAAUACUUAAACCAAGGUAGCCUUGAAUGUUUGCCUAUAAAACAUCACAUUAAGGUAUUUACCUUAAAAAUAAAAACUGUGAUAAAGUAUUUGGAUCUAAAUCAGAGAUCUACAAAGGCUUUUACCAAAAACCCAACUCCCAACAUGACCACCCAGGGGGAGAAUUGAUUCCUAAAUACUGUGGGGUAAGGAAAUAUCCGGUUCACCAAAAAAUAUUCCAACUAAGCCUCUUUGCCAUUUAGGUACAAAAACUCCUGUUAAAUAAAUAACCAACAUUACUUCUUGAAAUAUUCCUUUCAAAACCAGGUCUACAAAAAACACCUAAA